AUGACGUCGAGACAGCGAAUGACGACGCUCGGCGGUCUUGCCCACGUCGACAAGGGCAAGCUCGUCGCGUUGACGGCCGUCUCGGGGGAGUCGUCGCGAUAUUGGCUCGGGCGGGGAAGACGGCGCGGGACGGCGGGCGCUGAUUGGACCUUUGGGCUCACGGCCCCCAUGGCAACGCGAUGCGAUUCUGCAUUGGAACCCUCAAUGAAGCACACGCCGGCGUUCGAGCCUUGCUUCUAUCGCGUGCACCGCUCCACCUCGAAACUGGGGAGGGUUCCCUUGCCCGGAUCUUUCUCUCCUGCUAGCCCGCGCCCGUUCGUUUCGCAGCAGCGCUGCUUCUCUCUGUCUUUUACCUUCAAAUCCUUUCACUUUAGCCGUUCUUUCCGACUUCUGAGAAGCCUCUCGCCCUAA